AUGUCAGACUCUUCUUCUUCUUCAGUACAAACCCUGAAUAAAGUACCCAAUAAGCAAGAAACAGCUUCUGCUAAUAGUACACCAGCUCCUUCUACACCUGCUAACACUACUCCUUCUGUUCCUACAGCUUCUACUAAUAAUACACCUGCUCCUUCUACACCUGCUAAUAGUAACCCAGUUCCUUCUACACCUGCUAGCACUACUCCUUCUGUCCCCGCAGCUUCAGCCAAUACCCCUUCACCUACAACUAAUAGCAAUAAUGCUGUUCUUCGUGAGGAUUUAAUUAAGCCAGCUGUUUCUUUCCUUUCUUCACCUAAUGUACGUUCAGCAGACAAGGAAAAGAAGAUUUCAUUUUUGCAAAAGAAAGGCUUGAAUCAGGCUGAAAUAGACGAGGCAUUCAAGAGAGCAGGCAACGGUACGGUCUCAACUUCAAAUAAUACAUCUACACAUCAACAAAAUACAUUAGCACCUAUUGUGCCUGCUAGAAAUGUCAACUAUGUACCACCACAAAUCGUUUAUUAUCCUCAACCUCCUCCUCCCCCUGUUCCUGCAGAAAAGGUCUUUGCAAUGGCUGUUGUAUUAGGUAUGGGUGCAGUUGGAUUGACAGCAGGUGUCAUUGGCCUCUUGAGAGUAAGUGUAAAAGGGGGAUGUCCAAUAUGUUCUAAGCAUGGUUUGAUAGCGCUUUAUUUUGCCUGUUUUCAAUCGCAUUGCAGAAUAUCAGCGUACACGUUACAAUCAACGUAA